UCUUGAUUUCCACCCCACCUCCCCCUCUUUCUGCGUCUCCGUUUCGCCCAAAAUUGUAUUGAAUUUCGGUUUUGUUUUUACGAUUUUUUUAGUCGUGGAAAUCGAGAGAUCGAAAACCGGAAAAGCAAAAAUUAGAGAAUUAUAAUGCGGAGACUCGUUGACGUGGCCCUCGCAAUUUCAAAAGAGUUGAUGAAGACUUUUAUGUAUGAGUUUUUGAACAACACUGUUCGGUUGAUAAAUGGAGUGUCCUCACUUUUUUUGGCCAUUGUACUUGGAAAGGCAAAUAUUCUUGAAGGCGUUCAAGGAUGGGAGCUUAGGCCAACUUUCCAUGGACCUCGGUUUCCACACUGGAUGGAAAAUGGUGUUUCGUCUUUCAACCAGUUAAUCCAUGAGCUUUCUGUGGACUCUGAUACUUCAAGUAUAGAUUAUUCCUCUGAAGAAAAUGAUCUUGAUGAAACAAACCCUGCGUCACCAUCAUCUUAUGGGUCAAGAACCUCGCGAACAAGUUUUGCUAUCAAUCAUUCUUGUCAUUGGACAGACUGGAUGGCAUACAUAUUUUCGUUGAUUCUUUUACCUGUCAGGAUUUUUCUGUGGAUGCCAUUUCUUCUUUUUCGUUUGUUAAAUAUUUGGGGAUCAAGGGCUUCUUCGGAUUCAGAAAGCCCGCGUGCUAGAAAUUUUCACUCCUUUAUGAAAGCGCACAACUCCAAGGACCAUGUUGUCAAACGUAGCAUUGACAGGAGGCGUGGAGUUGUUGAGGACCUUCAUCUAUCAAUUGAGAUUUUUAUAGAAGCUAUAUUUGAUAUGAUUCACAAGACUGCACAUUUUGUGCUCUCCCCAUCCUUGGCUUUCAGAAUCUUUGUGAAAUGGUUCACAUCUGCAAGCUCUGAUGUUAAGGAUGUUGAUGAAGAUGUCUUGAAUGCUUCAGUUCCCCCUAAUACUGUUGGGGAUAAGGAUCCGGCCCCUACAGAAAGGAAUCCCACUCUCCACCAUGCUCUUAACACGGAUGCUCGAACUUGUAAGGAUAUCAUAACAGAGCUUGGGUACCCUUAUGAAGCUAUUCAUGUUAUCACUGCCGAUGGUUAUAUUCUUCUUUUAGAAAGAAUACCAAGACGUGAUGCACGGAAGGCUGUCUAUCUACAGCAUGGUAUUUUUGAUUCAUCUGUGGGUUGGGUUUCUGAGGGCAUUGUUGGUUCUCCAGCAUUUGCAGCAUAUGAUCAAGGCUACGACGUCUUCCUUGGGAAUUUGCGUGGUCUGGUCUCUAGGGAGCACGUGGAUAAAAAAAUCUCCUCGAGGAAAUAUUGGUGGUACACCGUAAAUGAGCAUGGUACAAAAGAUAUUCCGGCCAUGAUAGAGAAGAUUCAUGAAAUUAAAACUGCUGAAUUAAAGAUUAUUCAACCUGAUGAAGAAACAAAUGAUGAACAGCCGUACAAACUUGGUGCAAUGGCUCAUAGUCUGGGUGGAGCUGUCAUGCUGAUGUAUCUCGUUAUGCGCCUGAUUGAACGAAAGCCUCACAAGCUCUCAAGAAUGAUUUUACUUUCACCAGCAGGCUUCCACCAGGAGACAAUUUUUAUUCUUACGGUGGCGCAUUAUUUCCUUGUUCCUUUGGGUCGGAUCAUUGCAUAUUUUGUGCCAGCCUUGUAUAUACCGACCUGGUUCUUCCGCAUGUUGUUCAACAAGUUGGCGAGGGACUUCCAUAACUACCCUGCCCUUGGGGGACUGAUUCAAACCGUAUUGAGUUAUAUGCUUGGCGGAGAUAGCUCAGACUGGGUUGGGGUGAUGGGCUUACCUCAUUACAAUAUGGAUGACAUGCCGGGGCUCUCGUUAGGUGUGGUUCACCACCUUGCACAAAUGAAAUGGAAGGGGAAAUUUGUAAUGUAUGAUUAUGGGAGUACAUCAGCCAAUAUGAAGGUGUAUGGAUCUUCGGAACCAAUAGACUUGGGUGGAAAUUAUUCGCUUAUUGAUAUUCCCAUCGAUUUGAUUGCCGGUCGGAAUGAUAAGAUAAUUAGUGCAGCAAUGGUUAGAAGGCACUAUAAGUCGAUGAGGGAUGCAGGUGUAGAUGUAUCGUACAAGGAACUUGAGUACGGGCACUUGGACUUCACAAAGUCGAACCGAGAGGACAUCUUAGCAUACGUGAUGUCUCGCCUGAUGCUUGAAGAGCCUGCUCUGAAGCACCAGUCUAGUCCGAAAAAGGCCCUGAAAUUGAAGAAGAAAGGACAGGCUAGCUCCUAAACUCAAAUUCAUUACAAAGCCGUUUCCCUUUUGAAUUUGGCAUGAGUCAUGUUGUAUUGAAUGUCAUAGAUGCAUGUUGUUGUAUGUUGGUGACUAGAUUAGUAUGUCCUUAAAAAACCCAAAAAUAUUUUUUUUUAUAUUUAUUGUGAAAAAAAUCUUAAGCCA